UGGGAGCUGUAGUCCGCGCCGCCGGGCGGCCUCGACCGGCUGUACCCGGCGGCGGGAACUACGCAGCGCGCAGGGCAGGGCGGCGGCUUCCGGCAGGAGGAUGGAGCGGUUCGUGGUGCGCCGGGCCCGCUCCCCGCAGAGCCCCCGCCGGGUCCGGUCGGAGCCCCGCGCCUUCCGGCAGGCCACGCUCGAGUCCCUUAAGAGGGUGGUGGUGGUGGAAGACAUAAAGCGCUGGAAGGCGAUGCUCGAGCUCCCCGGGCAGCCUAAAGAAAACCUGAUGGAAGCUCUGGGGGAGCUGAAGAAGAAAAUACCUUCCAAGGAAGUGUUACUGUCCACAAAAAUAGGUCACACUGUGAACAGGAUGCGCAAACAUUCCGAUCCUGAUGUGGCCAGCCUUGCCAAAGAUGUUUACGUGGAAUGGAGAACUUUCAUCAAACACCACUCAAAUAGGCCUUCAAUAGAAGUCAAGAGUGAUCCCAAGACUGAGGCUUUCAGAAAGAAUGCACGGAAGCUGCUUUGUGAAGCCCUGGAUCUAGAGAUUGAUCACCCACUGGCUGAAAAUAUUGAGCGAGAAGCUUUUCAUCUCUCUUCACGUCUCAUUAGCGCGCCGUAUCGCAGAAUGGUGCGAGCUCUUGUCUUCUCAUUAAAGCACAAACCUGAAAUCCGAGCAGAAGUCAAGACUGGCACGCUCACCGUCCCUGCGUUUGUACAGAGCCAUAAAAAGUGAGGUGUCGUGCUCGAUGCCGAGCGAGAACUUCAUGUGCCUGCGUCUCUGUGGAACUGGGAACCCUUUCUGUCACAAGGGGAUUGCCGAAGUGCUGACAGUGUGACUCACUUGGCUGAGGACAAGAACUUCUAGUGAUGAAAGUGGUGCUUUAAAUCUGUGUGGGGUUGCUGCACGAAAAGUUUCUUCUGCUCUGCUGUGUAUUUUCCUGGUAUAAAGCCACCCCCGCUCGCUCA